UAGGGUGGGAGUUUUCCAGGUGUCAACGGGAAGCCCUGGGCGCAUUUGACUCCUGUCCCCAAGGAGAGCUCUGUCCUUGCUCUGCUGGGUGGAGGGCGAGUGGGUGACCUGCGGGGCCCUGCUCCCCGGCAGGACGAUUCCGAUCGCUUAGGUGCAGCCAGGCAGGUCACGGGGCCAGUUUAAGUCUGGAUAAGCCUUCUCUGAAAGGAGCCCUGCUAAUGUGAUAACCGGGAAAAUCCUCUACGUGAAAGGCCCUGGCCGCGAUGGGCGCAGAAACGCUGAUUCCACGUUUGCGUGUUGCCCGGGGCCCGGGGAGGCCGCUGCUCAGGUAGGAGGUGCUGUGGGUGCGAGGGUGGAGCCGGCGGCCGUGCGGGGCUGGGUGACGCGGGGCCUCGGGCCGCACCUGCUCCUGAGUGCGGGAGGAGAAAGCACAGCUGCCGGGGAGCACACCUGUGGCCGCAGCCUCCGAAGUCCCAGACCUCCCCCAAAUUUGCUUCUGGUAAAAUCCUGAGGGACGCUGACACCCUGAAUCGCCAUGGGCAAUGAGAACAGCACCUCGGAAAGCCAGCAAGAGAACUCCGGCUUGCAUAACGUCAUCCUGUGGCCUCCAAACCCUGAGCCUGCACAGAGAACUUCAUCGGCUCAGAACCCAGCGUCUGUGCAACCACCCAGGGACAGUCAGAACAUAAAAAGGAACCUGGAGGAGAAUUCCAGAAGUACUGACCGUGGAGCCUUGCACAGCACCGGGCACCGAGGCUCCUGCUCCACUUCUGAGGGUGCUGCCUGCCUGGAUCCGGGCAUCGUGUCCCUGGAGGUGACGGAGCCGAGCAAACGCCCACAGGAAGCCAGGGGCCCAGAAGGUUCUCCACUGCCCUGCCCCCCAGUGCCCUGGGAGCAGGAGUGCCCGUCAGCCUCCAUGCCCUUUACCGAGGGCCCCCCGGAAGGUUGCUUGGCAAGCCCAGUAGCAGCACCUGAAGAUUGGCCCCUCAUCCAACACCCCAGGAGGGAACCUUCCCCAGGUGCCCAUGGGGAGGCCCCAACCGCACCUGUCCCCAAAGGGGGCAGUUCUACUCAGGGCGAAGCAGAUGCCAUCGUCCCCAGUGCCGGCAGAGGGAGAGGCCUGGACCAAGAGGGGCAUAAAUCGUCUUCCUCCAGCUGCACUGACCAGUUGCCAGAGGUUUCACCGGUGCCUCCUCAAGAGCUGAUGAAGGGACAGCUGUGUGGAAAAGAUGGUCAGCCUGGUGGUUUCGAGUCCCAAGGGAAUGAGGCUGCAGGUGGCCUUCCCCCGGCAGAGUCCAGGCAGGGGGCGACUUCUGUGCAAGAGGCCCCGAGGGCCCCUGCUGCAGCUCAACCAGGCAAGGCGAGCUCAUCUGGUCUGGAGGAGUCUCCCACAAAGCCUGAGACCCCGACUCCGCCAGAUCCAGCCCCCACAGCCUCGGACAAGGAAAAAUGCCAAGCAGAGGUGCCGCCUCAGGCUUUCGCCGAUGACUCGGGAUUCCUCAGGGCCUGCUACCCCACUGGGACGGCCGGAGAAGCUGAGACAAAUUCCUGGGAAAGCUGCCAGCAGCAAAUGGGAGCACAUCUGGUGCAUGUCGAGCUGCCCUGGGAUUCACUGAGUCCUGCCCCGACACCCGGGGCUGGGGACUCUGGGAAGGAGACUGUGGGUACCAGCGAUGCUCAGGGCCACUUGCAGACAGGGGGGCAGGGGAGCGAGCCCAGUCCAGCUGUCUGUGCUGCAGCAGGCAACCCACCCGAGGGGGCUUUGCUUGUGAGCACAGAGCCUUCCCCACGUGCACUGAUGGAGGAAACAUGUCUGGCUUCAGAUUCCGCUUCACUGCCAGCUGCUCAGGCCUCUGUUGCCGCAGAAGAAUCCAGCUGGUUGACCAGGGAGAUGGUUUCUGGGGCUGAGAUGCCAGUUCUUACGGAUCUGGCCAAAGACCUAGCAGAUGCAGGGUUGGCAGGACAGGAGAAGCUCGCAUCAGAUCUCAGAAGUGAGCGAGAGGGUCUAGAUGGGAACCCUGGAGAGGGUCCUGCCCCUUUGCCCCAGGACGACAGGGGAGAGGUCUCAAUUAGGGACCAGAAAGUCCAACAAGGGGUACUUCCCCCAUUCCCAGCCAGUGUAUCAGAUGAAAGUGCCAGAAACUCCCUAGGGCCGAAGGAGGAAGCCAUGGCCCCUGAAAGUCCAGCUGUGGCUGGAGAGGGAGGUAAACUAUCUGAGGCCAACUCCUGGGGAGAGGAAGAAGUCCCAGAGCCACUUGACGGUGGAGAUCCUGAGAACCCAGGGGGAGAGCAACCCAGGGCUUUAGGCUGCAAGCCCAAGCUGGAGGCGGAAAAAGAUGAGGUUUCAAAGCUAAGCCAUGAUGUGGAGAGCAAAGUGCAUUCCAGCACAGACUCAGCACAGCCACUCAGAAAGGAGGGUCCUGGGCACACCGUCAGGCCUGGCCCUCCAUCAGAAGAUACAGCUAGAAGCUCAGUGACCUGUGGGACGAUGGGAGAAGCCCAUGUGGUCCAUGCAUCUGGCUCACUGCACAAGCUCCCCGAGAAGGAUCUCAUCCUGCCGCCUGGGCCGGAUGGAACUGGUGAACACAUUCUUCCCAAAGAAGCUGUCUGGGAGGGGCCGGGACUGCAGGCCCCGUGUCCCGACACCCUUCAGGACGUGAGGGGAUUGGAGAGAAUGGACUAUUUUCCUGCUUUAGAAUCUGAGAAAUCAGAUUUCCUGUCAACUCCUUCUGCCGAGGUCACCCCCAAAGCCCAGGAGGUGGAGAGCACAUCUGACACAAAGAUGAGGAGCCACCCAUCUGCACAGAGGCCCGGCAGCUGUGACGGGGAUGGCUUGCUGACAUCCCCGGGCCAACCUCGUGGGCUGGGGCAAGAGGCAGCUGGUCAGGAAGUCCAUGCUGAAGGGCCACAUCCCCCCGAGGGGGAGAAUUUGGCAGUGGACUGUGGGCUUAUGCUCAGCCUGGAGCAAGAUCAGCAAGGAAACCUGUCCUGCCUGAAUGAUGACAAGACACAAGGAGCUGCUUCUGAGGGACCCUCAGCAUCUUCGCAGAACCAUCUCCAGCCAUUGCAAUCAGAACCAGAAGCAUCCAUCUCUGACAUGCUCGGGGAGGAGCCCCAGCAGUGUGAAAAUGAGAAAGAGACUUUUCCGGGUAGUCCAGGUUUUAAGAACCUAGACGCUUCUGGAAUCCACCUACCUGUGGAACCCCUGGAGGUUGUGUGCUUGCCCACUCAUGGGAGAGAGGAACAAGCUUCCAGAUCAGAACUUCAGGGCGAGCUCCCCAAAGGCAGUGUCUGUGAUGCUCCCAGUUCGGCUCCCGGGGACAGAGUUCCAGAGAGUCCCCCGACAGAGCAUCCAGAGCUGUCAGCCCCAGGAGGACCAGAGUUGUCUGCACGAGGGCAGAAUGAGCAAGAGGGCGCGUGCGGUGGAAGUCUGCCUUCCAGAGUGUCGCCACCCACAGCAGCAGACGCCUCAAAAGACUCCCCUCUUGCAGGUCACUCCAACAGAGAGGAGAGUCGCUGCGCAGAGCAGGGCCCGAGCAAGUCCCGGCAGGAGCCCGCAGAUGUGCCGAAAGCCAGCGGGCGGCAUGAAGAAGCAUGUCUCAGUGAUGUAGGAGGAUCUGAAGCCGCUGACGCUCGGCCCCCGCUCCAGGGGUUGGGUAAGACGGAGAAGGCAAGUGGGAACACAGUGGGGACCCCACCUUGUUGGCCUGACUCAGUAGCUCUCGUGGCCGCAGCUCAGGGCCCGCCAGCCCCAGCGCCGGCCAGCGCCCAGGACGCACCCAGCCAGGAUGCCCCAGACACGGAGGUGCACGGGGAAGGGCACGCAGGCAGGCCGCAGCCGGCCCCGGCCCCGCAGGAGGAAAUGCAGCCCCCCACCGCCUCGGAUGCUGGGGCCCCAAGGCUUCUUGGAAGUUUCCCAGCCGCUGAGGAUCGAGGUGCUGACUGUGGGGCUGCCGACACUGGUGGGAAUGCUGAGGAAGGAGAGCUGGGGGCACAGGGGGCUCUGGGGGUGCCAGCAGAAGCUGCUCCGAGCUGUGGCUCCCUUCAGACCGAGCUGCAGGCCUCCCCGGGGAAGGAAGCUUCUAUCUGGGCCCUAGGUGAGCCCUGCCAAGCAGAGCAGCUUGCAGCCAGCAGCCAGAAUGACUUGCUAGCAGCCGGGGAGCUGGGUGGGGUUCCCCGCAGCAAGGUGGAUAUUUCUGCAGCCCAGGCUGUCCCCAACCCAAAGAAACUCCUGCCACCUGGGCCACCAGAAGAGGCUGCUCCAGACACUCCUUAUCUGCAUAUCGAUGGUGCUGCUGGCAAAGGGACAGGGCCUUGUCCCGUCGAAGAGCCUCUGCUGGUCUUGGGAAAUGCCACCUCCAUGAAGCUUUCUGCAGGCUUGCUUGCCCCUCUCUCACAACCAGGAGCUGCCAGUGGGGAGAGCUCUGCAGUACACGCCAGCCACGGGAGCCCCAGACCUGGAAACUUGGAGGGACCCUUGGACUCCAUCCCCUACCUGGACAGGGCUCUGCUUCUGACCAAGAGUAAGCAGGUGACAGGGGAGGAGGAAGAGGCAAGAGCGCCUGGUGCGGGCACAGGACCCCGUGAGACGCUAGCUCGCCCCGCCAGUGAGGAAAGCAUAGCAGGUGAGGCAGCAAGGGAGCUGGAGAGCAGCAGGAAGAGUGUGGUGGACCCUUCCAAGGAUCCGAGGAGGGGCGCACCAGGUGGUGUGGACGCAAGCUCUAAGCAGAUCAGCAUCAUCACUGGGCUCCCUGACUUCAGGGAGCACAUCACCAAGAUCUUUGAGAAGUCUGUGCUCAGGGCCCUGACCGCCGAUCGGCCCCAGAGUGCAGUGGGAGAAAAGGCAGGAGCCGAGGGGAGCGUGAGAGGCGAGGACCUCGCCGGGCCACGCCCAGAGAAGCCUCCAGAUGGGGCUCAAGGAGUGGCCAUGGCCCCUCUCCCCGCCCUUCCUGCUGGACUCAGGGUGGAUGCAAAGGAGAAGCAAGAGUUGCCUAUGGAGGCUGAGAUCCCCUGUCUGGUUCCCCAGGAUCCCGCUCCAGGAAAGCUGCCGGGUGCCACAGAGCAGAGCCUCCCAGGUGCCAGUGUGGGGAAGGAAAUGACUGGUGUCCCACAGAUGGCGCAGGGAAGUGAGAAGCCAGAGGGGGCUGGGGAGGCCAAGGCCGGGCCUGGAGGCCUGGCCCACUCACAGCAGGGUGGAGGCCAGCAGAAGUUAGCUUCCGGUCCUGCCCUGCCGGCAGCUGUUCAGGAGACUCCCAUGGAAAGGGCUGCUGACUUCCAGGUGGAUCCCCAGAGCCACCGAGAAGGGACCUCGGUUCCAGAAGAUAGAAUUCCUCCUGAAACCUACCACCAGGAAACACCCACCAGCGGCAGUCAACCCGGAAAGGAUGGUGCCUGGGCCUUUGCUCACACAGAGGGUCCAGGUGACAUGCCAGUGUCCACCUCUGCCCUGGGAGCAUCAUCUCCCCAUGGGGAUGUUUCGAUUGUGGCCAAGGCCAUCAGCGAGCCCCAGACCCCCGACACACUUGGGGAUGAGCAGAGGCGUGGAGGUGGUGCCGGGAUCUCAGAAACACAAAAUGCCCUGGGCAAGCAGUGUGGCCCUGAGCUGCAGGCUGCAGAAGGAACAGCCACUCCCUUGGAGCCUGGCUCAGGAGCUGCUGGGGAGGCGAAGGGUGACGUCACCUUGAGCACAGCUGACACCGGGGCACGUGUGUCUAGUGACCCGCCUGAGCCAGGUACUACGAGGAUGUUCUGCGGCGCUGCUCAUGGGCUGGCACUGCCGGGGACCCAUGGGGACGCAGGCUGCUCUGCUGGGGCCCCUGGCACGGAGGAUGCAGCCGCUCUGCGAGGGGAGAGCCCUGCUGUGCACCGGCUGGCUGAGGAGCAGCCCGGGCCUGAGCUCCCCACUCCUGCCGGGAGCGAGAAGCCGCGAGUCUCUUCACCUCCAGGACCUGACGAACCUCAGGACCUGAAGCCUGAACACCUGGCUCUGGGAGUGCUCCCCGCUGAAAGAAGGAGCCCCGGGCCGGACCCAUCCACCUUACCUUCAGUUCCUGAGAAAGAUGCUCCAGAUGUCCCGGGUGAGGCUGUCUCAGACGAGGCCAGAAGUGUGGGAGGAGCAGAAAGGUCAGUGAAAAGGUCACAUGUACCGGAUGAUGUCAUCCAGCCAGCUGCCCUUGAGGACCUGGAACACCCACUGUUAGCUGCCCCUUCCCACCCUGGUGAUGCCUUCAGCCCGGUCUCCAGGGAUCUGACUGCCCAGAGCACCUCCCCAGCUGCUGCCUGUGCGGAUCUGGUUCCCCGAGCCUCAGAACAUGUGUCUUUGCCUCCUGCCCCAGCUGGUGAUGGACUAGAAGCUUCCACUCUCUCCCCCAAGGGGCCGGCCAAGGACUUAAGCAGGAGUUCUGACUCUGAAGAAGCAUUUGAGACUCCCGAGUCCACGACUCCUGUCAAAGCUCCACCAGCCCCACCCCCGCCGCCCCCCGAAGUCACUCUAGAGCCUGAGAUCAGCGCACAGCCUCCCCUGGAAGAACCAGGUAACCAAGGCUGCGGUCCCGAGCCGGCGUCUGUCCCCGAUGGCCCCCGCAGCAGCUCGGUGGAAGGGAGCCCCUUCCGCCCCCCAUCACACUCCUUCUCUGCCGUCUUCGAUGAAGACAAGCCUAUAGCCAGCAGUGGGACUUACAACUUAGACUUUGACAGCAUUGAGCUGGUGGAUGAUUUCCAGACCUUGGAGCCCCGCUGCUCAGACUCUAGUAAGAGUCAGGAAUGCAAAGUGAGCACGCGGAGGAAGUCCACGGAUUCUGUGCCCGUCUCCAAGUCCACGCUCUCCCGAUCUCUCAGCCUGCAAGCUAGUGACUUUGAUGGUGCUUCUUGCUCAGGCAACCCCGAGGCCGUGGCCCCGGCCCCAGAUGCGUAUAGCACGGGCUCAAGCAGUGCUUCCAGUACCCUUAAGCGAACUAAAAAACCAAGGCCACCUUCCUUAAAAAAGAAGCAGACCACUAAGAAACCCACGGAAACCCCCCCAGUGAAAGAGACACAACAGGAGCCCGUGGAAGAGUGUCCCGUCCCCAGCGAGGAGACUAGAGCAUUCGAGAUAAAGCCGGAAUUGGCCAAGACGGAAGGUUCUGGACCGGCCGUGUCAGAGGAGGCACCCCUGGAUCUUGCUGCUGUGCCCAAGGCUCCCUGCCCUCUGGACUCAGAGGGUGCCGAAGGGGCCAUCCCCCCGGUGUCUGGAAGUGGCAGGGUGCAGAACUCACCCCCUGUUGGAAGGAAACCGUCGCCUCUUGCCACGGCUCCGGAGGCAGCGGAGGUGACCCCGUCCGAGAGUGGGGGGCAGGAGGACUCCCCCGUCAAAGGGCUCUCGGUGAGGCUGGAGUUUGACUAUUCUGAGGACAAGGGUAGUUGGGACAGCCAGCAGGAAAACCCCCCUCCCACCAAAAAGCUAGGCAAAAAGCCAGUUGCCAAAAUGCCCCUAAGGAGGCCAAAGAUGAAAAAAACACCCGAGAAACUCGACAACACUCCUGCCUCGCCUACCAGAUCCCCCGAUGAACCCAAUGACAUCCCUAUGGCUAAAGGUACCUACACCUUUGAUAUUGACAAGUGGGAUGACCCCAAUUUUAACCCUUUUUCUUCCACCUCAAAAAUGCAAGAGUCUCCCAAACUGCCCCAACAGUCCUACAACUUUGACCCAGACGCCUGUGAUGAAUCCAUUGACCCUUUUAAGACGUCCUCUAAAACCCCCAGCUCACCUUCUAAAUCCCCAGCCUCCUUUGAGAUCCCAGCCAGUGCCAUCGAAGCCAAUGGAGUGGAUGGGGAUGGGCUGAACAAGCCCGCCAAGAAGAAGAAGACGCCCCUAAAGACUGACACAUUUAGGGUGAAAAGGUCGCCAAAACGGUCUCCUCUCUCUGAUCCGCCUUCUCAGGACCCCACUCCAGCGGCCACACCAGAAACGCCGGUCAUCUCCGCGGUGGUCCACGCAACCGAUGAGGAGAAGCUGGCGGUCACCAACCAGAAGUGGACGUGUGUGACGGUGGAUCUGGAGGCUGACAAACAGGACUACCCGCAGCCCUCGGACCUGUCCACUUUCGUAAAUGACACCAAAUUCAACUCGCCCACGGAGGAGUUGGAUUACAGAAAUUCCUAUGAAAUUGAAUAUAUGGAGAAAAUUGGCUCCUCCUUACCUCAGGACGAUGACGCCCCGAAGAAGCAGGCCCUGUACCUUAUGUUUGACACAUCUCAGGAGAGCCCGGUCAAGUCUCCCCCGGUCCGGACGUCAGAGUCUCCGACGCCGUGUUCAGGGUCAAGUUUUGAGGAAACUGAAGCCCUUGUAAACGCUGGGGCAAAGAUCCAGCAUCCUGUCACACGAGGGCUGGCUCCCAACCAAGAGCCACACUUGCAGGUGCCAGAGAAAUCCUCCCAGAAGGAGCUGGAGGCCAUGACCCUGGGCACUGCUUCAGACACGAUUGAAAUUACAGCUCCUGAGGGCUCCUUUGCCUCUGCUGACGCCCUCCUCAGCAGGCUAGCUCAUCCAGCCUCUCUCUGUGGUGCGCUUGACUAUCUGGAACCCGACUUAGCAGAAAAGAACCCCCCAGUAUUUGCCCAGAAACUCCAGGAGGAGUUAGAGUUUGCCAUCAUGCGGAUAGAAGCCUUGAAGCUGGCCAGGCAGAUUGCCCUGGCUUCCCGUAGCCGCCAGGACACCAAGAGAGAAGCUGCUCACCCAACAGAUGUCUCCAUCUCCAAAACAGCCCUGUACUCCCGCAUCGGGACCACCGAAGUGGAGAAGCCGGCAGGCCUUCUGUUCCAGCAGCCCGACCUGGACUCUGCACUCCGGAUUGCCAGGGCAGAGAUCAUAACCAAGGAGAGAGAGGUCUCAGAGUGGAAGGACAAGUAUGAAGAAAGCAGGCGGGAAGUGAUGGAAAUGAGGAAAAUAGUGGCCGAGUAUGAGAAGACCAUCGCUCAGAUGAUAGAGGACGAGCAGAGGGAGAAGUCUGUCUCCCACCAGACCGUCCAGCAGCUGGUCCUGGAGAAGGAGCAAGCCCUGGCUGACCUAAACUCCGUGGAGAAAUCCCUGGCUGAUCUCUUCAGGAGAUACGAGAAGAUGAAGGAGGUCCUUGAGGGCUUCCGCAAGAAUGAAGAGGUGCUGAAGAAGUGUGCACAAGAGUAUCUGUCCCGAGUGAAGAAAGAGGAGCAGAGGUACCAAGCCCUGAAGGUGCAUGCGGAGGAGAAGCUGGACAGGGCCAACGCCGAGAUCGCGCAGGUCCGAGGCAAGGCCCAGCAGGAACAGGCUGCCUACCAGGCCAGUCUGCGGAAGGAGCAGCUUCGCGUGGAUGCUCUGGAGAGGACGCUGGAGCAGAAGAAUAAAGAGAUAGAAGAACUCACCAAGAUCUGUGAUGAACUGAUUGCCAAAAUGGGGAAAAGCUAACUUUGAACCAAAUGUUUGGACUUGACCAUUGCGUGCAAUAUGACCGUCGGCACACUGCUGUCCUUCUAGUUACGUGGACAGAUUCUGUUCUCACUUUUUCGUAUGCACUACUGUAUUUUCUUUCUAAAUAACGUUGAUUUGAUUGUAUGCAGUACUAAGGAGACUGUCAGAAUUUCUUGCUAUUGGUUUGCAUUUUCUUAGUAUAAAUUCAUAGCAAGUUGACCUCAGAGUUCCUGUAUCAGGGAGAUUGUCUGAUUCUCUACAUAAAAGACAAAUCGCUGACCUUGGCCUUGCCCUUUGUACAUGAGUUCCCAGGGUGAGCGGCUUUUGGAUUUAAUAUGAACAUGUACAGCUUGCACAGGGACUCUUGCCUUAAGGAAUGUAAACUUGAUCUGCAUUUGCUGAUUUGUUUUAAAAAAAAAUGCAUGUUUCAAAUAAAAUCCUCUAUUGUAAAUAAAUUUUUUUUCUUUGGAUCUUG